AUGUUCGCGAGUCAAGCCGCCAGUCAGUCAGUGCGUACAACGCGCCUAUGUGCAAUGAAGUGCGAUGACGAGAAACCCAAGCAGCAGACGAAACGGAAGAAGCCCAGCGCGCUGCUUUCCAGCGACGAGGAGGACGGAAUAAGGGCAGCCACCCCUCCACCUACCAAGAAGAAGGCCGAAACGAAGAAGAUCGCUGCUGCGAAUGGCAAAGACAAGCCCAAGGCGACGCCUACACCCACAAAGGCCAAGCCUGCAUCUCGGAAAGCGAAGAAAGACGAUGACUAUGAGGAAGAAUCAGAGGCGUCAGGGUCAGAAUCCGAAGAUGACGAGGAGGAGGAUGUGAAGCCCACCAAGAAGAGCGCUACGAAGACCAAGACCAAGGAAGCUGUCAAGCGGCCGAAGAAGCGGCCGAAGCUGGAGUCAGACGAGGAAGAGGUUGGAUCUCCAAGCAAUUUGAAAGCCAGAGCGGCUGAGGUUGCAGAUCCGCCGAAGCCGAAAUUCGACUGGGCGGCCAAAGCUGCGCGUCUAGCUGCCCGACCUGUUGCUUCAGGGUCCAAGGCGGUUCCAGAACCGAAGACCAUGGACUGUCUUAUGGGGCUUACGUUUGUGUUUACUGGGGAAUUGUCAAGCUUUUCGAGGGACGAAGCUAUCGAUAUAGCUAAACGCUACGGCGGGCGUGUCACCCUUCAGCCUUCGAGCAAAACAUCGUAUGUGAUCCUCGGCGACGAUGCAGGUCCCGCCAAACUCAAAGCCAUCGAGAAGAACAACCUCAAAACCCUCAACGAAGACCAAUUUCUCAAUCUCAUCGCAACGCGUGUCGGCCCGAGCGGAAAAGGAGGUAAAGUGGACGAGAAACUUGCCGCCAAGAUGAAGAAGGAGCAGCGCGCGAUAGAGGAAGGGGCCAAGGAGCUAGAGCAACGCGAACGCGACCAGGCGAAAGCGGCGAAGAAGGCGCAGACUAGCGGAUCGGCGCCGAAAGCGAAACCUGUCGACGCGUCUACCCAACUAUGGACGCAGCGAUAUGCCCCGCAGACGCUAAAGGAGAUAUGCGGCAAUAAGAGCCAGGUCGAGAAGCUGCAGCAAUGGUUACAUGACUGGCCGAACUCUCUCAAGGCGGGAUUCAAGAAACCGGGCAAGAACGGGAUGAACGUCUUUCGUGCUAUCCUCAUCACAGGACCUCCGGGCAUUGGUAAAACCACUUCGGCACAUCUUGUCGCAAAGCUCGAAGGUUACACCCCCAUCGAGCUAAACGCAAGUGAUGCACGGAGCAAAAAGCUCGUGGAGAGCAGCACAAACAUCAUGAAUCAGAGUCUUGACGGUUGGAUGGGUGGUGGCGACGCUACGAAUGCGGCGGGCAUCAAAAUCACUGAAAAAUCGUGUUUGAUUAUGGACGAGGUCGAUGGCAUGUCCGCCGGCGAUAGAGGCGGCAUUGGUGCCCUUAACGCGCUGAUACGGAAGACUAGGAUCCCCAUAAUAUGCAUAGCCAACGAUCGGACGGCUCAGAAGAUGAAACCUCUCCAGGGUUCCACGUUCAGCCUCACCUUCAAACGACCUGAGGCCGCGACAAUUCGAUCCCGAAUUAUGAGCAUUGCUUUCCGAGAAAAGUUGAAGGUCCCUGCCAAUGUCGUCGAUCAACUCAUCAAUAGCGCGCAGUCGGACAUUCGGCAAGUCCUGAACAUGCUCUCAACAUGGAAGUUGUCAAGUGACUCAAUGGACUUCGAUGAGGGCAAAACACUUGCUAAGCUCAAUGAGAAACAUACCAUUAUGACACCGUACAAUGUCAUAUCAAAGGUGUUCGGGCCGUAUACGUUCUCGCCGACAUCCAAGGAGACUUUGAGUGAUAAAAUGGAACUUUACUUCCAUGAUCACGCGUUCAUACCGCUAUUUGUGCAGGAGAACUAUUUAAGGGCCCUUCCAAAUAGGCUGAAAAAUCUGGAUGGCCCGCCGAAGGUUCUCAAACACCUGGAACUCAUGGACAAAGCCGCGUCGUCGAUAUCUGAUAGUGACCUCAUUGACUCCAUGAUUCAUGGUCCUGAACAGCACUGGUCUCUCAUGCCACUGCACUCCGUUUCAUCCUUCGUGUACCCAGCUUCCCUAUUGUAUGGUUUCAUGCCACAAUAUAGCAAAGAACCUGGCACAGCGAUAUCCUUCCCCCAGUGGCUUGGCCAGAACUCGAAGGGGCAAAAGCUCAGCAGACAACUCAGCGAAACUCAGAUACGAAUGCGUUUGAAGGUAUCAGGCGACAAGGCCGAAAUCCGGCAAUCGUAUCUCCCCGCUCUGUUCCCCCACAUCGUGAAACCCUUGAUGGAUGACGGCGUCAGCGCAGUAGAAGAGGUCAUCGACUAUAUGGACGAGUACUACUUGAACAAGGAAGACUGGGAUACUAUAGUCGAGCUUGGAGUAGGCGAUAAGAAGGAUGAUCUUGUUCUAAAGAAGAUCGCACCUACCACCAAGACAGCACUUACCCGGAAAUACAAUUCAACGGAACACCCUGUGCCUUUCCAUAAGGCCGUGGACCUGGGUAAGAUACCGAAGAAGCUCACUGGUGGGCCAGCUCCGGACCUAGAAGAGGCUUUCGAGGUGAGUCAUGCGAUAGACUGGGGCAGUUAG